AUGGAGGUGGCGGCGGAUAGUAGUGAGAUGGUGGGGGCGACGGGUAUGGAGGUGGCGGCGGAGAGUAGUGAGGUGGUGGGGGCGACGGGUAUGGAGGUGGCGGCGGAGAUCCAGGUGGAGGAGGGGGAUAAAACACUGGAGGGGGUGGUGAGUAUGCUGGGGGAGGAGGAGACUUCGGCGGAGGUGGAGGAGACCGGACGCAGUAAAUAGGUGCCGGCGGGGAAGGUUGAGGAGGUGAGGGAGGAGGAUGUACCGGCGGAGGUGGAGAAGGCGGUGGGGGCGACGGCGGCGGUGGCGGAGGUGGUGGCGGUGGCGGCGGAGGUGGCGAAGGGGAAGGUGGCGGCGGAGAUGGCGGUGGUGGAGGUGGUGGAGGUGGAGGUGGAGGUGGAGGUGGAGGUGGAGGUGGAGGUGGAGGUGGAGGUGGAGGUGGAGGUGGAGGUGGAGGUGGUGGCGGAGGUGGCGGAGGUGGCGGAGGUGGCGGAGGUGGAGGCGGCGGAAGAGGGGGUGGUGGAGGUGGAGGGGACACCGGAGGGGGUGAAUAG